AUGACGAGCCAUCCGAUUACCGAGCUGAUAUUGCAUUCCAAAACCAAAAGGUUCAUUGCCACCAUUGACAUUCAAAAGAUGUUCUUUUCGGUGCGAUUAAGUAAGGAGUCUGAUCGCGAUAUGUUGAGCCCUUUCUUAGCCAUUUGGUGUUUGAAAGAGACGGCAAAAAUGUGGCAAACCAAAUAUCCUGAGGCCGCUCAAAUCAUUCUGACUAAAACCUAUAUGGAUGACAUCCUGAUUCUUGCCAAUUCUCCUGAGGACAUGAAAGUGCUAGUAGCUCAAAUCCUACUGAUUCUAGAGAGCGGAGGUUUCUACGGGCACAAAUUAUCAGCCAAUGAUCCAUCGCUCUUAGAUGACCUUGAUCCGAACAGGGUAGAGCAAUCGCCAACAACGUCGCUCUUGGGGUUGAUGCUUGAUCACAAAACAGAUGAGUUCAAGUUUGACUUAGACGAUAAAUUCAAACAAUUUGAUGAAGAAGCAGAUGUUAUAACCCGCAGAAACGUCGUUUCGUUAGCAAGUCAAGUCUUUGACACCCAAGGUUAUGUUGCUCCAUAUGUGAUGAGGUACAAGAGUAUUUUGCCAUUACUUUGGCACAAUAACAACGGGUGGGACGAGAACCUGUUGGCUAAACAGACCAAUGACCCCAUAACGGGUAAGAAGCCAGACGAAAUCGCGGAAAGGGCCGUGAUCUUGUUCAAGGAAUGGAUAAGUGAUGCCAACACAGUGGGAAUGGGCGUGGCAGCUUACUUGAUAUCGGAAGUCGGAAACGGCGUCCUGGAUUCACAACUAGAUUUUGCCAAAAGCUCAUUGAUGCCCAAGAAUUUGCGCAAAGGAGCCGAAGCCAAAGAUGCUCUGACGAUUGCAAGAGCAGAACUGAUUGGCAUUGUAAUGGCAGUCAAUGUUGGCCGAUAUCUUCAAAACGCCUACAAGAGCUUAAUCAAUAAUGAACAGCUUGAAUACUUCACGGAUUCUCUUCUCAACCUCCAAAGGAUUCAAAGAGGAACGGGUCAGUGUAAGGUUUGGGAAGAUCGACGAAUUAGGAAGAUCUUGGACGGCGCCCCAAUAGAAAAAUUUCACUUCUGUCCAGGAAAGAUGAAUCCGGCUGAUUUGCCGAGUCGGGGAUGCACCCUCCAGGAGCUGCAAUCGCAAUUCAAAUUCUGGGACCAAGGAUCCCAAAGUAACGUGUGA